UUAUAGUGGGAUUUGGUGAUUGAGUUUGAAGAAAAGUGGGGUGUUAGGGUUUUUGCGUAGAGAAUUAGAAUCAGAGAGAGAAAGAGUUGAAAGAUGGGUACCGAAGACGAAUCAAUCGAGCAAGCCGUCGCUUCCCGCCGUGAAAGACUCCUAGCUCUUCGCGCCGCUCAGCAAUUAUCCAAUUCCUCCGAACCCGAACCCAAUAAUCAAGACGAAGAACAACCACAACCACCACCUACUUCUUCCGAAGACGAUGAUGAACAACAAGAAGAAAAAGAUGGAGAGGGAGAGGAAAAGCUGAGUAUGAAGUUUCGUAAUUACGUUCCUCAUGAUAAGAAUCUUCAAGAAGGGAAGCUUGCACCUGCUGUGCUUCCGAAGUUUGAAGAUCCUGUUUCUGUUCCUGAGCCUGAGGAAAAACCUAAAGAGGAUCCGUUUCUCAAUAUUGCUCCCAAGAAACCCAACUGGGACCUGCGAAGAGAUGUGCAGAAGAAGCUUGAUAAGCUUGAGAAGCGAACUCAGAAAGCUCUCUAUCAACUCAUGGUGGAACAAGAGAAGCAAAAUCAGUUAGCUGAGGGAGAUGAUACAAACGGCACCAAAGAUUAGGUUGUAACUUAUUGUAGCAGUUAAGAUAUAUUGAAGAAAUAUUUUGAAAAUCCUUAUCUCAUUCAGGCAGCUUAACACAUAAAAUUGGAAUCGGAUAUUUAUGUUCUGGCAAAACCGCAGCAAAUGGUGAAUGUUGUAUGAUUCAAUCCUCUUUUAUUUGCCAAGCAUGGGUGUGUUAGAUCCUGUUUUAGAGGGAACAUUCUAGCGUUUCAAAAGCAAAAAAGGGGUAUUUUAAUUUUGUCAUAUUUAGUUGUUAAAGUUUCAAGUAUACCAUAUGUAAAGAUAUUACCUGUUUAAUUUGAAGUUCUGGCCAAAGUGCUUAGACUAAGAAUUAGAAACGCAUGUUUAAGCUUCCACCCGAUUGAAUUCAAUGGUCUUGAGUAUUUUCUGGAGAAUAAA